AUGCCUCUCAUCAACGAAUACCAUACUUCUCUUCCCUAUAUUGACGGCGAGCCAGGAGAGCAGGCACGCGCCUCAGCUCAAAAGCUCAUCUCCGCCGAGCUGUCCUCAGACCAUGCCUCAACCCUCCAUCCAGCCAUUCCUGCGCUUCCCGAAUCUCGCUUCUCGCCGCUUAUCGAACAAGAGCUUGCCCGAAAAGAAGCCGGCCAGCCCAUGACUGGAGGAAUUGACUUGUCGCGUUACGAAGCACCCGAGGCGCCGGAAGGGCCCUCCAAGACCCAGGACGAAGCUUCCAAGAUGCUACAGGAAUGGAAAGAUACUCUACGCAAAGCGUACAUUUCUAGCUCCCACUUGUCAAUGCGACACAACAACCUUGCUCUUCUGGAAGAGUAUGGAAAAAAUGCCUGGCUUAUUGGUAACUCUCAGUUAGAGGAGGUUUUGCGAAGUGUUGAGAAGGAACUGGCAGAGACCAAAGAGGCCGUUGAGGGUGUUCAUAAGGAGAGAAAGAUGGCGCAAGAAUCUGGGCAUGGAGAGCUUGCUGGUUUGGAGGAUGCGUGGAGACGCGGAGUCGGUUCUAUAUUGGAAGUUGAAGUUGCGGCGGAAGGCUUAAGGCAACAGAUUCUUGAACAGCGCCGUCAACAAGCUCAGCAUUCUCGCUAA